AUGCGAUGGAACCAAGCGGGUACUAUUACGAACCUGACUCCAGUGCUUACCCUGAGCAUCUAUACCGGUAUCGCGCUCCACACAGGCCGCAGUCCCUUGACAGUAUCCGCGGCUUUUACCACGCUCUCCAUUGUCUCUCUAUUGAGCAGUCCAUUAUCGAACCUCAUUUAUUCAGGCCCAAAGGUAACUGGGGCUUUGGAGUGCCUUGACAGGAUUCAAGCAUACCUUUCAGCUGACUCUAAACUUGACGAUCGCCUUAUUCCUCCCUCGCUGCAGCCGAUGGCUUCUAGCCAGGUUGAGGAAUCCCAAGUUGGAAUUUCCCUGGAAGUUCAGCCAAACAACGCUUCAACACCAAAUGCUCAGACUAACGAUCUCGUUCAAAUUCAUCAGGCUGACUUUGGUUGGCAACGCAAAUCAGCAGCCACAAUAUCAAACAUGAACAUCAAUAUAUCUCCUGCCUCAUUGAAUGUGCUUGUGGGCCCUGUUGGGUCGGGGAAAAGCACCUUGCUGAAAGCAAUAUUGGGUGAGGUGCCUUGUUUAAAGGGCUUCAUUCACGUCAACGCGGCCGAAAUUGCAUUCUGCGAUACAAAGACAUGGGUUCGUAACCGAUCUAUUCGUGAUAACAUUUGUCACCCACUUCCUUAUGACGAGGAAUGGUAUCGAACUGUCGUAUUUUCGACUGCGCUGGAUCACGAUAUUGAGUCUCUUCCUCAAAAGGAGCACACGGUAAUUGGCAGCAACGGCCUUUCAAUGAGUGGUGGACAACGGCAGCGUAUUGCUAUUGCACGUGCGGUUUAUGCUAGAACAAAGCUAGCCCUCUUUGAUGAUUCUCUCAGCGCCCUUGAUGCCUCCACUUCUGCUCAGGUCUUUGCCCGUGUCUUUGGAUCUCAGGGUAUCCUGCGUCAGAACGGAACGGCUGUUAUCUUAGCGACACAUGACUGGAGCUACGUUCCUGAAGCCAAUAACGCCAUUAUAUUUGAUGAUGGAAAGAUUAGGGAGCAGGGCCCCCCUCGAGAGCUUAAGACAUUCAAAGCUCGCUUGCUCGAGGGUGGAGCAGAAUGUUCAGCUCCCCCUCACAGGCAUCCAGUGGAGGCAACAUUUGCAACACCUCUCGCAAAUAUAGCAGGAACUGACGAGAAUCCUUCAAGAAAGAGAGGGGACUUGAGCGACUAUGCUUACUAUUUCCGAGCAUCUGGCCGAUUUUCUAUCAUUAUCUAUGCUGGGGCUCUCAUUAUUGGCGUAUUUUGCUCCCAGUUUACUAGUGAGUGCAUAGGAACUCCUUCUACCGUGUCAUAA